AUGGUGUGGGAGGAGUUGGUGAGUUUGUGGGGUGAAGAAGGUGGUGAUCAGGCGCAGCAGCAAAGAGGAGGAGGGAGGAUUAGAGUUGAAGGAUGUAGCUUUCUAAAUGCGGAAGAGCUGACUUUCUUUGAUGAAUCCAUGGUUGCUUGCACUAUGGAAUCUUAUGACGAUGGCCCUCUUAAAGGCUUCUCUGUGGAUAGAUUCGUUUCAGGACAGCAAAUCAAAGUUUUUGGCAGAAGAAAAUCCCCAUCCGCGGCUUCUUCUUCUUCUUUUUACACUUCCACUGGUCUGCCCGAGAGACUUCCUCUUGUUCACUCCACCGAACUUUCUGCAAGAUCAAAUUCUCCAUGGGAAUAUCAAGAUCCAACCGAAUACUAUAUUGGGUGUCUUCGAAUCCCACCUCCAUCACUCCCAACCUUAUCAGAACUCUCAUGGCACAUUCAAGACCCACCAUCAGAGGAGCUUCGUUUCCCCAUUCGGAAAGAUGUGUACGGAAACUUACCACAAGGCAAAGAGCUCUUCUUCAGCACCACAACCGAAACAUUAGAUUGCAAAUCCUUAAUCUACGACAUCGUAUGCCCAAUCAUUCGCACUCACUCUUCAACAAUUCCUUCAAGCCGGGACUCCUUCAUUGGCCUUUGGGACGAUUGCAUCAACCGCCUAAUUUCCGAGUUCUGCUGCAUGGAAAUCGCCAUAAUUCGCAAACCCAAUUCAUCCACCAUCACUAAUCUGCAGGAUCAAUGGCCAAACGUGACGGGUUUCAUCAGAAAUUUCUGCCUUUGGAGAGGCGAAGAAACCCACCAAAUCAAAGACGCCACUCACCAUCAUCAUCUCGAUCCCUCUAAUUCAAUCGUGGAGAAGCUUCUUUGGACCUAUUUGGACAUCCCUUAUUUAUUGGGCUAUUAUGCAGUUGGGUAUUUGGUAACAUUUUGUGCACUCAGCCGUGGCCAAGAUCACCAAAUCAUUCGAACCGAUUUGUACUCGUUGGAUUUAUCCACGCCCGGAGAGAGAAUCAAGGCCUUAGUCCCAUGUUAUAGAAUUGCUGGAGUUUUGUCCCUAUUGGCCGACCGAUGCAAUAAAUUGCCAAUUUUCAGUGAUUUUGAGAGAAUUGAUUUGGGGAAUGGUAUGGUCGCAGAAAUGACGCCCAAUAUGGUCACCAGAAUUUUCUCUUGCCGGAGAAAAUGGGCCGCCGUGAAAGAGAUUUACGAUUUCUUGGAUCAGAGAAUCCCACAUUCGGAGGCUAUUCUCGGAUCGUCCGAGAAAGAUUUGGCCUUGGUUUUCAAGCCACGGGUUUGUAAGUUGAAACCCACGAGCUUUGAUCAGCUGAUAGAGGCUCUGAAGCACGUGACCAAAGCGCUGGUGGCGUUGCACGAUUUGUGCUUUAUGCAUAGAGAUAUAAAUUGGGAGAAGGUGAUGAAGAAGAGGGGUGACGUGGAAGAACAAGAAUCGGGAAUCGGUGAGUGGAUUUUAUGUGGGUUUGAGGAGGCGGUGGGGGCGCCGCAGAUAUACCCACACGAGGCGGCGACGAGUGGGAGGCACGCGCCGGAGAUGGAGCGGGGUUUGCAUGGGGUGAAAGUGGAUAUGUGGGGCGUGGGGUAUUUGAUAAAAACUUGUGGCUUAACUGCCCUUCCCAAGAUGUUGACAGAGCUUCAGAAUCGGUGCAUGGAUCACAACCCUGAGCUCCGGCCGACCGCCGCCGAUUGCUACCACCACCUGCUGCAGCUGCAGUCGUCUCUGGCGGUGGGGGGCUGAUGUGACGGUGGUGUCGGGACAAGUUAACUUAAAGCUCAAAACUUUAUUAUUAUUAUUCUUUUUUCUUUUUUGGGUUUUUGAUGUUAUAUCUCUCGAGAGAAUCAAUACCUUAAAGAAAGAAAGAAAAAAGAAGUGACUGAAGACUGAAGAGAAGGGUGGUGAGAGGAAGUGGGUAUUCUGUGGCUGCUCUGGCUUCAAGAAAUGGCGGCUGAUGGAAAAAAGUGGUUGCCGAUUUGUUUAAUCAGAGAUCAAAUCAGCCAACUUUCAGGACUGAUGUGUAAGUUCAACAGUGUUUUUUUUUCCUUCUCGGUUUCUGAUCGGUAUAUCUUAGUUUCCUUCUAUCGAUGAGUGUGCAUUGUGCUUUUUUUUUUUACCUUGCUUUUCUACAAUUUUUUU